AUGAAAAUCUUUCAAUUUUUUCUCCUUGGUUUUUCCAGCGCCGGGCGAUUGACGAUCGAAGAGGAGCUGAAUUUGGCUAAAGCGGUUGUUGAGGCGGAACGAUUCUUGACAAAUAUGGGUCGAACAUUUUACGGGACGACGAUGCCCGACUACGGAAAAUACGAAAAAUACGCCGAAGAAUUGAGUGAAAAGAUGAAAAGUAACAAACAGCUCAAUGAAAUGAUCGAAUUGUACCUAAAAAGUUUGAUCAGUAAGAUCGCCCAGAAUAUUCGAAAAACUAUCGAUCAAGAGAAUCAUCUUCACGAAGAUGACAAACACGGAGAAAUGCGAGUUUCAUAUGACCGGGAUAACGGUCGAAUGAAAUUUUAUAUUGCCUGA